AUGGCAAUGAAAAUGAACAGGAGGGGAUCUGAUUGGGCGCUGGAGGGCUGGGACACUAAACUACGUCGUCUCAGCUUCAGAUACGCCACCCUCGUCCAGCACAUUAAGAUGUACAAGCGUCGGGAAUAUGUGGAACUUUACGAGAAGGAUCUGGCCAAAUGGGCACUGCUACGCAACGUCAACACUGUGAUGAAACACAGUACCCUGAUGCCGGGCGACUAUGUCUGGUUGGACUUGAAGACGGGUCGGGAGUUUGAGGUGCCGGUCGGUGCGGUGGUCAAACUCUGUGACUCAGGACAGAUCCAGGUGCUAGAUGAUGAAGGAAAUGAGCACUGGAUCUCCCCUCAGAAUGCCACCAACAUCAAGCCAAUGCAUCCCACCUCCAUCCAUGGUGUGGAGGACAUGAUCCGCCUGGGAGACCUCAACGAAGCUGGCAUCCUCCGCAACUUGCUCAUCAGAUACCGAGAAAAGCUCAUAUAUACGUACACCGGCUCCAUCCUGGUGGCCGUCAACCCCUACCAGCUGCUGCCCAUCUACACGGCCGACCAGAUCCGCCUCUACACCAAUAAGAAGAUCGGUGAAAUGCCGCCCCACAUCUUCGCCAUCGCUGACAACUGUUACUUCAACAUGCAGAGGAACAACCGCGACCAGUGCUGCAUCAUCAGUGGUGAGUCCGGAGCGGGGAAGACAGAAAGCACCAAACUGAUCCUUCAGUUCCUGGCAGCCAUCAGUGGUCAACACUCCUGGAUAGAACAACAGGUCCUGGAGGCCAACCCUAUACUAGAAGCCUUUGGCAACGCUAAAACCAUCCGCAACGACAACUCGUCUCGUUUUGGGAAAUACAUCGACAUCCAUUUCAACAAGAGAGGAGCCAUAGAGGGAGCCAAGAUAGAGCAGUACCUGCUGGAGAAGUCCAGAGUCUGUCGACAGGCCCACGAUGAGAGGAACUACCACGUCUUCUACUGCAUGCUGAAGGGCAUGACUGCAGAGGAGAAGAAGAAACUAGGGCUGAGCAAGGCCACAGACUACACCUACCUCACCAUGGGUAACUGUACAGUGUGUGAUGGCCGAGAUGACAUGAAAGAGUACUCCAACAUCCGCUCAGCUAUGAAGGUACUAAUGUUCACAGACAAAGAGAACUGGGAGAUUUCUAAACUGCUGGCUGCUAUAUUACACAUGGGGAACCUAAGAUAUGAAGCUCGAACUUACGACAACCUGGAUGCCUGCGAGGUCAUCUGCAGCCCUCACCUCACCACUACUGCUACACUGCUGGAGGUGGAUGGUAAGGACCUGAUGAACUGUCUGACCAGCCGAACACUGAUCACCAGAGGAGAGACCGUCUCCACCCCUCUCAGCAUGGAACAAGCUCUGGACGUACGGGACGCUUUCGUUAAGGGAAUUUAUGGCCGCUUGUUUGUGUGGAUCGUGGAGAAGAUCAAUGCGGCCAUUUACAAGCCGACGUCCUCGCAGCCCAAAGCUCUCAGACGCUCCAUCGGACUGCUGGACAUCUUCGGCUUUGAGAACUUCACUGUCAACAGCUUUGAGCAGCUCUGCAUCAACUUUGCCAACGAGAACCUGCAGCAGUUCUUCGUCCGGCAUGUCUUCAAGCUGGAGCAGGAGGAGUACAACCUGGAGAACAUCAACUGGCAGCACAUCGAGUUCACCGACAACCAGGAUGCCCUGGACAUGAUCGCCAUCAAACCCAUGAACAUCAUCUCGCUCAUCGACGAGGAGAGCCGGUUCCCCAAGGGCACGGACACCACCAUGCUGAACAAGCUGAACUUUCAGCACAAGCUGAACACUUACUACAUCCCUCCAAAGAACAACCACGAGACCCAGUUCGGCAUCCAGCACUUUGCUGGAGUGGUUUACUACGAAACGAGAGGCUUCCUGGAGAAGAACAGAGACACCUUAUAUGGUGACAUCAUCCAGCUGGUUCACUCCUCCAAGAACAAGUUCAUCAAACAGAUCUUCCAGGCUGAUGUCGCUAUGGGGGCAGAGACCAGGAAGCGUUCGCCCACUCUGAGCAGUCAGUUUAAAAGAUCUCUGGAGCUGCUAAUGAGAACUCUGAGCGUCUGUCAGCCUUUCUUCGUUCGCUGCAUCAAACCCAACGAGUACAAGAAACCCAUGUUGUUUGACAGGGAGCUGUGUGUGCGUCAGCUGAGGUACUCGGGCAUGAUGGAGACCAUUCGCAUCCGCCGCGCAGGAUACCCCAUCCGCUACACCUUUGUGGAGUUUGUCGACCGCUACCGGGUGCUCAUGCCCGGAGUCAAACCGGCUUACAAACAGGAGGACCUGAGGGGAACCUGCCAGAGGAUCGCUGAGGCGGUGCUCGGCAGAGACGAUGACUGGAAGAUGGGAAAGACCAAGAUCUUCCUCAAGGAUCACCAUGACAUGCUGCUGGAGAUCGAGAGAGACAAGGCCAUCACAGACAAGGUCAUCCUCAUCCAGAAGGUGGUUCGAGGUUUCAAGGACAGAUCUAACUUCCUGAAGAUGAGGAAGUCAGCUGUGUUGAUCCAGAAGACGUGGAGAGGGUUCCAGUGCAGGAAGAACUAUGGCGCUAUGCGAGCGGGCUUCUCUCGCCUCCAGGCUCUGGUUCGUUCCAGGAAGCUGUGUGCGUCGUACAACGUAGCCCGUCAGAGAAUCACAGGCUUCCAGGGCCGCUGUCGGGGCUUCCUGGUGCGCCGGGCGUUCAGACACCGACUGUGGGCCGUCAUCACCAUCCAGGCCUACACCAGAGGCAUGAUUGCUCGCCGGCUGUACAAGAGGCUGAAGGGAGAGUAUCGCAGGAGGCUGGAAGCGGAGAAGAUGCGUCUGGCUGAAGAGACCAAACUGAGGAAUCAGAUGUCUGCGAAGAAAGCUAAGGCCGAGGCUGAGCGCAAACACCAGGAGCGUCUGGCCCAGCUGGCCAAAGAGGACGCCGAGCGUGAGAAGAAGGAGAAGGAGGAGGUUCGGCGGAAGAAGGAGAUGGUGGAGCAGAUGGAGAAGGCCCGUUUGGAGCCCGUCAACGACUCCGACAUGGUGGACAAAAUGUUUGGCUUCCUGGGGACGACGACCUCGUUCCCGGGUCAGGAGGGACAGGCCCCUGCUGGCUUUGAGGACCUGGAGCGGACCCAUCGGGAGCUGGAGGAGGAGGAUCUGGACGAGGCCCUUCCUCUGCCUGAGGACGACGAAGAGGAGGAUCUAUCAGAGUACAAAUUUGCCAAGUACGCCGCCACCUACUUCCAGGGCACCACCACGCACACCUACGUCAGACGGCCGCUCAAACAGCCUCUGCUGUUCCACGACGACGAGGGAGACCAGCUGGCUGCUCUGGCAGUGUGGAUCACAGUGCUGAGGUUCAUGGGAGAUCUGCCGGAGCCCAAGUACCACACGGCCAUCAGCGACGGGAGCGAGAAGAUCCCCGUCAUGACCAAAAUCUACGAGACGCUGGGGAAGAAGACGUACAAGAGAGAGCUGCAGGCGCUGCAGGGGGAGGGGGAGACGCCUCACGCUGACAGCCACAAGAAGAACAGCGUCCGACACAAACUUGUGUCCCUUACCCUGAAGAAGAAAUCCAAGAUCACUGAGGAGGUCACAAAGAGACUCAACGAUGGCGAGCACGGUCUCCACGGCAACAGCAUGCUGGAGGAUAGGCCAACAUCAAACCUGGAGAAACUUCACUUCAUCAUCGGCAACGGGAUCCUGAGACCAGGACUCAGGGACGAGAUCUACUGUCAGAUCUGCAAGCAGCUGAGUCAGAACCCGUCCAAGAGUUCUCACGCUCGCGGCUGGAUCCUCAUCUCUCUGUGUGUCGGCUGCUUCGCCCCCACAGACAAGUUUGUCAAGUACCUGAGGAACUUCAUCAACAGCGGUCCGCCGGGUUAUGCUCCGUACUGUGAGGAGAGACUGAGACGAACCUUUGUCAACGGGACAAGAACACAACCCCCCUCCUGGCUGGAGCUGCAGGCCACCAAGUCGAAGAAGCCCAUCAUGCUGCCGGUGACGUUCAUGGACGGUACCACCAAGACACUGCUGACGGACUCCGCCACCACGGCCAAGGAGCUCUGCAACGCGCUGUCUGACAAAAUCAACCUGCGGGACCGCUUCGGGUUCUCACUCUACAUCGCACUGUUUGACAAGGUCUCGUCUUUGGGCAGUGGGAACGACCAUGUGAUGGACGCCGUGUCGCAGUGCGAGCAGUACGCCAAGGAGCAGGGAGCCCAGGAGAGGAACGCCCCCUGGAGGCUGUUCUUCAGGAAGGAGAUCUUCACACCCUGGCACUCCCCCACCGACGACCAGGUCGCCACCAACCUCAUCUACCAACAAACCGUCAGGGGCGUCAAGUUCGGGGAGUACCGCUGCGACAGGGACGACCUGGCAGAACUGGCCUCUCAGCAGUAUUACGUCGACUACGGUUCAGAGAUCCUUCUGGAGCGCCUGCUGAGCCUCAUCCCCUCCUACAUCCCCGAUAGAGAGAUCAGCACCUCCAGGACGGUGGAGAAAUGGACUCAUUUCAUCAUGGCUGCUCAUAAAAAGGGCAUCUACACCCAGAAGAGAUUUGACCCUCAGAAGGUGAAGGAGGAAGUGGUGGACUUUGCUCGACACAAGUGGCCUCUGCUUUUCUCUCGUUUCUACGAAGCCUUUAAGUUCUCAGGACCCAGUCUGCCUAAAAACGACCUGAUCGUUGCCGUCAACUGGACCGGGGUUUAUUUUGUGGACGAGCAGGAGCAGGUCCUCCUGGAGCUCUCCUUCCCAGAAAUCACUGCAGUUUCCAGCAGCAGGGGAGGAAAGUUACAGAGCCAGAGUUUCACUUUGGCAACCAUCAAAGGAGACGAGUACACCUUCACCUCCAACAACGCGGAGGACAUCCGUGACCUGGUGGUGACCUUUCUAGAAGGCCUGAGGAAGAGGUCGAAGUUUGUGGUCGCACUGCAGGACAACCCCAACCCCACUGGGGAGGAGUCCACGUUCCUGAGCUUCAUGAAGGGAGACCUGAUCCUGUUGGACCAGGACACCGGCGAGCAGGUGCUCAACUCUGGUUGGGCACACGGUGUCAACGAACGAACCAAUCAGAGAGGAGAUUUCCCAGCCGACUGCGUCUAUGUCCUGCCCUCCGUGACCCGACCUCAACAAGAAAUACUGGCGCUGGUAACCAUGACACCAGACCAGCGGCAGGAGUCGGUUCGUGUUUCACAACUCGUUCUGCCGGAGGGCGACGACAGGAUGAAACCCUACACGCUGGAGGAGUUCUCCUUUGACUACUUCAGGCCUCCUCCCAAACACACCCUGAGCAGGGUGAUGGUCACUAAGAAUCGUGGGAAGGACAAGAUGUGGAGCUGCACCAGAGAGCCGCUGAAGCUGCCGCUGCUGAAGAAGGUCGUCAACCACGAGGAGCUGUCCCAGGAUGCCUGCAUGUCCUUCAUAGCUAUGAUGAAGUACAUGGGCGACUACCCGUCCAAGCGGACCCGCUCCGUCAACGAGCUCACGGAUCAGAUCUUUGAAGGAGCUCUGAAGGCCGAACCUCUGAAAGACGAGAUCUACUGUCAGAUCAUCAAGCAGCUCACCGACAACCACGUCAAGUACAGUGAGGAGAAAGGCUGGGAGCUGCUGUGGUUGUGUACUGGUCUGUUUCCUCCCAGUAACGUGCUGCUGCCGCACAUCCAGCGCUUCCUCCAGUCCAAGAAACACCAUCCGCUCUCUGGGGACUGCAUGCAGAGGCUGCACAAGGCUCUACGUAACGGAUCCAGGAAAUACCCUCCUCAUCUGGUGGAAGUGGAGGCCAUCCAACACAAGACAACCCAGAUCUUCCACAAAGUUUACUUCCCAGACGAUACAGAUGAGGCGUUUGAGGUGGAGUCCAGCACCAAAGCGAAGGAUUUCUGCCAGAACAUCUCAACCAGACUGCUGCUCAAAUCCCCCGAAGGCUUCAGCCUCUUUGUUAAGAUCUCAGACAAGGUGAUCAGUGUGCCAGAGGGAGAUUUCUUCUUCGACUUUGUCAGACAUUUGACCGACUGGAUCAAGAAAUCUCGACCCGCUAAAGACGGAAUCGUUCCCUCUCUGACCUAUCAGGUGUUCUUCAUGAAGAAGUUGUGGACCAACACAGUUCCAGGGAAGGACUCCUUCGCUGACUCUAUCUUUCACUACUACCAGGAGCUACCUAAGUACUUGCGUGGCUACCAUAAGUGUUCACGGGAAGAGGUUUUCCAACUUGCAGCGCUCAUCUACCGCGUCAAGUUUGAGGACGACAAAUCCCACUUUCCUACAAUUCCCAAGAUGCUCCGGGAGCUGGUUCCCCAGGAUCUCAUUCGUCAGAUGUCACCAGAUGACUGGAAAAGGUCGGUGGUGGCAUACUUCAACAAGCAGGCCGGUAAAUCAAGAGAAGAAGCCAAACUGAUGUUCCUGAAGAUCAUCUACAAAUGGCCGACCUUUGGCUCCGCCUUCUUCGAGGUCAAGCAAACCACAGAGCCCAACUUCCCAGAGAUCCUCUUGAUCGCCAUCAACAAGCAUGGAGUCAGCCUCAUCGACCCGAAGACAAAGGACAUCCUGAUCACUCACCCCUUCACCAAGAUCUCCAACUGGAGCAGCGGGAACACCUACUUCCACAUCACCAUCGGCAACCUGGUCAGAGGGAGCAAACUGCUGUGUGAGACCUCGCUGGGCUACAAGAUGGACGACCUACUGACCUCCUACAUCAGCCAGAUGCUGACCACCAUGAACAAGCAGCGCUCUGGGCGGGGCCAAAGCAAGUGAACUUCUUACUGGCAGGAGGCCGCCGAGCUUAUUCGGCUCUUGCGCCCUAUUGGCCAGCACUGCAGCUGGGGGCGGACCUUUGCCAACCAGCUGUGGACGAUGAGCCGCAGUCCUUCUGCUAGCUCGGACGGGUCAAAUCUCACCGGCGGGAGUUCGGUUGCCAGCAGCGACGACCCCGGCGAAGGCCCCAGCAGCUAUCACCACUACAACCACGACGAAGAGGAGGACGAGCCGUCCAGUGAGGAUGACUACCUCUAAAACCUCCAAACUCUCCGUCCCUAAAAGGCCGGUCCUCUUGUUUGGCUCAGGAUUCAACAGUAAGACCUGCUUGUACAGAAAUACAGUGAUCUCAACCUUUAGUAAAUGUUGCAGUGACCCCAGGUGGCAGCAGGCGUUCACCGCCUGUUUGGACAAUUUAAGGACUAACUAAAAUACAUCAGUAAACUUUAUUUUCUUGCGGACUGUCAUUGGACAUAAUACAUCUUUAAACUACAAAUGAGACUGGUGGACUACAGCUACUAGGAAGCUCAUCGACUCAUAAUGGACAAGUUUAGGGUUUAGCAAAAAGAACUUGAUUGGCUUAUCGAUCCAUUUUAUGCCUUUAUUAAUUAAUUACAUUACUAGGAAUUAUUCAUAU